UAAAUAGGUCCCUAUAUAUCCCGCAGCCUCUAACAACAUGGUCGCCUUGAACAUCCCACUCCACGGCGCGAGCUCAGUGCUCUGACGCGAUCCAAGCAACUCCUACAAGCGGUGACAGAACAAAAACAUUCAGCUUAAACAAUAAACAUAUCUAAUAACCAAAUCAUAUCACUAACAAAACUUGUAACAAAAACGAACUAUUUUAUAUCGAUUUUUCCAACCAAGUGUUUCAAAAAUGCGGACUCAGUGACGGAAAACAGUGUAGUGAUAUUGAAAUAUUAUACCUCAAAACCAUAUGUGUCUUCUAAGUGAGUACCGUACAUGUUUUAAUGUUUUUUUGUUAACCAGUGCUACGUACGACAUUGAUCGUUAUUUUUUGAGUAAUAAGUGUAUGAAACCGGAUAGUAUGCCCGCCGGUGUGUAGCCGGUGCGUUCGCAUGGGCAGCCUACCGGACCUCACGGAGCGUUCGCGGCCGACUCCCGUACGUGCCGCCGUGCGAACCGUGUCCGACCCGCACCGGCACCGGACUAUUAUCACACCGAUUCCAGUGAGCACAAUAUACAAGAAAGAAUGGCCUUGGAAGAAGCAGAAGACUCCAAUCAGGGUGGCGGGGUCAUGCAUCGGACCUCGACGACGGGAUUCAGCUGCGUCCUCAGUAGGAGCGGCUUCAGUCCGCAGGCUGCUUGCUCGACAACCACCGAAGCUGCCCAAACCCCUCGUCAAUCGAUUCACACUACUCUGCAUCUCCAGCGGUCUCUGUGCCACUGCCUUACUGCCUUUCACAGCCUUCGCUGGCGCCGAGGCAGGAGCCAUGCCUCUUUCAAUUAUGCACACAGCCGCAGCUGUAGUGGCUCCGUUCUCUCCUCUAAUCCUCCAAAAGACUGGCACAAGAUUAGUAAUAGCGAUAUCCCACACUCUUGUAUGUGUGUUGCUAUCAGCUCACACAGUAGAAACACCACUUCCUGUGCUCCUUGCUUUAUACGGACUCUGUGGAGUAACACUGUCACCACUAUCCCUGGCACUAUCAGCAUCAGCAACUUCUCUAGCACAAGCGGCUGGCGAUGAGGCCAGAAGAAAAGUUGCCCUCAGAAGAGCUUUAAGAGCACUCAGAGCAGCUCAAGACUUAGGUCUUGUGUGCGGCUCUCUACUGCUAGGAUUUGCCCUAUUGAUAUGGUCUGAAGAAAUUUCUAAACCUUCCACUCCUGUUCCAACUAAUAUAACUGUGCCGAGGUGGCCUCCUCCUGAGGAAUACUUCUUAGAAGAUGAUUAUGAGGAACGAACAUGUGGAUCUGCCGGCUGUCCAGACAUGCAGACCUUAUCAGGCACAGUGUUGGACGCCUACGGCAGAAUGCUGCUGGUCGCUAUGUGGGCAUUCCUAGCGUUGUUGUCUGUCGGGAUGGGAGUGUACGGUGCACCGUCAGCACCUGCACCGCCCCCUGACGCCCGCUCCGUCUUUGUAGAUCCUCGGGCAAUUCUUGGAAUGCCCAUGGGACUAUUCAUAGGACUCCAACAGGGAUUUAUUUAUACGUCGUAUAUUAAGUGGUACGGAGUAUGCGUGGACGGAUGGUGGUGUGCGUGGCGGUCGCUGUGCGGGACGGGGGUGCUCCAGGCGCUGGCAGCCGGGACUCUCUCCAUGGCAGCAGCGCGAGGCAGGCGUGGCGCGCUGGCAGCUGGUGGCGGCGCCGCGCAUGCGUCGUUAGUGCUCGCUCUACUCAGGUGGAGAGCUGCUAAGACCGACCUAGCACUGCCUGCCUUGGCUGCCGCGGCCUGGGGCGCGUGUGCUGCUCUUUGGGAUGUACUGCAGGCUGGUAUCUGCAUCGGUGGUCCAGGCUGGCGCGGCGCGUGGUCCAUUAUCCUGGCGGCGCGCCACUCAGGGAUGGCAAUGGCGUGCAUCGCACGACAGAUGUUGUGUGUGCGCGCGCAGUUGGCCGGCUUGGCGACAGCCCUGCUGGCUGCACUGGUCACGCACACUAUGCUGGAGCUUAGGUUGCGCAGGGGGGACACAAAUCGCCCGAGAUCCUAGCGAAGACCUACAGCGACGCAGCUGGCGGCGCUUGCACCGACCUCAGACGACGUCGAGGAGCCCGACGUCAGUGACGUCGCGUGCCACGUCAUCAGUUAACGUUGCUGGCGUAACAUGAACUGAUAACUCUAUCGUUUACCAGGCGUGAACAACGUUUGUUACAUCGCUAGUGAAACGUGUUAAAUUCAACGUCGAUGGUGUAACGUGUAACGUCGCGUGCCACGUCAUCAGUUAACGUCGCUGACGUAACAUGAACUGAUAACUCUAUCGUUUACCAGGCGGGAACAACGUUCGUUACAUCGCUAGUGAAACGUGUUAAAUUGAACGUUGCUAGUGUGACGUGUAACGUCGCGUGCCACGUCAUCAGUUAACGUCGCUGGCGAAAUAUGAACUGAUAACUCUAUCAUUAACCAGGCGGGAACAACGUUUGUUACAUCGCUAGUGAAACGUGUUAAAUUCAACGUCGAUGGUGUGAUGUGUAACGUCGCGUGCCACGUCAUCAGUUAACGUCGCUGGCGAAAUAUGAACUGAUAACUCUAUCAUUAACCAGGCGGGAACAACGUUUGUUACAUCGCUAGUGAAACGUGUUAAAUUCAACGUCGAUGGUGUAACGUGUUUUCGACGUUGCUGGGAGUUACGUUUGCAAUAUUUUUAACGACACUCGUGUAACGUAUGGGUAUGACAUUUUUAAAUUUGCUGGAGUAACGUGUACAACGUACUAGUUAACAUAGCAGUAUCCUUAGUACGAGUUUGCUUUACGUUUAAAGUAAUCGAAACGAGAGCGCGUUCGGCACUCUGAUUGGUUGGUUCGAGCCAGCCAACCGGAACGCCGAUUGGGCUUUAAACGUAAAGCAAACUCGUACUAAGGGUACUGGUCUAAUGUGUACAGCUGUUGU